AUGGGAACUUUUACUGAUAAAGGGGGUUUUGGAAAUGAUUAUCUCGAGGGAUCUUAUAUUGCAUUAUUUGCACUCUUAAUUAUCUGGGCCACAUUAAUUCUCUUUGCUGAAUUUGUUCGUAAGAAGGAAUACCUUACAGGUGAAGGUGGUCGUGGAUAUCCAAGAGCGACAAGUGCUGGCGAUGAAGGUGUCUCGGAAACAUCGGGAUUGUUGGUUACUGAACGUAGAGAGGAGUCGGAAAAUCGUUAUGUUAAAACCGCUAACGCUGCUAGAGAUGCGAUAUUAAUGUUGUUGAUUGCAACUGUGGCCACACAAGUUGGACAUGGUGCCACAGUAGCGUCUGCUGUACUUACGUGGAUCUUUUUCGGUCUUGCAAUUCUAUGGAUCCUCUCCGUGCUUCUAUUCGAUCACAUUUGGAUCCCGUUAGUAUUUCAAGCACUCGCCUUACCAUUUCUCGUGGCAAUCUUUGCAUUGGCUUUUCGUCCUUAUCAGAAUUAUCCGAAUUAUCCGGAGUAUCCGCCGCCACGUCCUCUUCCUCCCCCUUUGGAGCCAACUCCAUCAUACCGCUAA